GCUGCCUCGGACGAGCUCCGAGCUACAGCAGCAGAGGGAGGGAGGCAGCCAGGGAGACUAGAGAGAGAAGGGGGGAGUUCCUUUUUCUUUCUGGAAUCGUUUAUUUUAAUCCUGGGAUCUGAUUUUGUCCCCAUAUUGGGAGGAUUGAUUAUCUUUCUCAUCUCCCUCUCUCCCCUUCUCUUCUCUUCUCCUCCCCUCCCCACUCAGCCUCAAGAAGAUCAGCUUUGCUGUGGAGGCAAUCCCUGCCUCUGCCUUGUUUCCUGCUCCUGCUCUGCUCCCCAGGAGAGGAGCACAACCCGCCCUCAGCUAGCGUAGCGAGGCGAGCAGAGCAGCCAAGCAUGGAGGCCGAAGGCACCGGCGAGGUGCGGCACUGGGCCGCGGACGUCAACGGCAUCUCCCUCCACGUCGCCGAGCGUGGCCCCUCCACCGGGCCGGCAGUCCUCAUCCACGGCUUCCCGGAGCUGUGGCUCUCCUGGCGCCACCAGAUGGCCGCGCUCGCCGCCCGCGGCUUCCGCGCGCUGGCCCCCGACCUCCGCGGCUACGGCGACUCCUCUGUUCCCGCCGACCCAGCCGCCUACUCCAUCUUCCACAUCGUCGGCGACUUGGUCGCCCUCCUCGACCACCUGCGCCUCCCAAAGGUGUUGGUCGUUGGGCACGAUUGGGGUGCGCAUGUGGCGUGGCACCUCUGCUUGUUCCGGCCGGACAGGGUGCGCGCCGCCGUCAUCCUGGGCAUUCCCUACUUUCCCCGCGGCCCUCGCCCGAUGACCGAGUCCUUUGCAAAGCUCGGCGACGGCUUUUACAUCAAUCAGUUUCAGGAGCCUGGAAGAGCCGAAAGGGCAUUUGGUCGCUAUGACGUUGCAACUGUUCUAAAAAAGUUCUACGCCCUUGAUAUCGAUGAACUCAUUGCUCCUCCUGGAGUAGAGAUCAUAGACUUUCUUCAGGCACCUUCGUCACCACUUCCCUGGAUGACAGACGACGAACUGGGCCAGUAUGCCGAAAAGUUUCAGAAGACCGGGUUCACAGGACCCCUAAACUACUACCGCACGUUGGACAUAAAUUGGAGCCUUAUGGCACCUUGGAGUGGAGCGAAAAUCAUGGUUCCUGCAAAGUUCAUUCUUAGUGAGAAUGACGUUGGUCUCCAGUCCUUGGGGACUGAAAAGUACGUCAAGAGUGGGGGUUUGGAGUCCAAUGUUCCAAAUGUUGAGGUCUCAAUUAUUGAAGGUCACCAUUUCCUGCAGCAAGAGAAGCCUGAAAGAGUGAAUUCUGAGAUGCUUUCCUUCCUAGACAAGUUUGCCAGCGAGGAAGCAUCAGCAUGAUGUUCUUAUUUGCAGUCAGUCCUGAGAAGAUGGUAUCCUACCUGUGAGUGACUGGAAGCUUCCCAAACUGAAAAUGGUUAUGCUCAUAUGUAACUGUACUUCUUGAAUAAGUCGAGUAGAGUGGUGGUUUUGUUGUGUAGAGUUUGAGUGGAGUUGUAUGGUCGUGUUGAUGUCCCAAUCCAAUCGACCGGCGUCAUCUUUGUUGUUUUGUUAUGCGCAGUCUGGACCUGUCUCUUUUUUAAAAAAAAUAAUCGGCAGCUCUCCUAUCUAGUUCGUUAAAAAAAUUGUUCUUGAAUAAGUGGGUUAGCCAUCUGCUCGCUUGCAUUUAAGAGUAAACAGAGCAUGUAAAAAACAGUUGAUAUUUCAAACUUUCCAUCCAUGAACGGUGUCAUAUAUAUUCAGUUA